UGAUUUAGAAAAGGUGGCUGAUGGAGGUAUUCUAUUUGAGGAGCAAUCUGUUGGCAAACGUUCUAGCCUUUGGAGAAGCCAACAAAUUCUUAUUUUCUGCGUGAGUGAUGCUGAGAUUGAGUUAGAAUGUGAAGUUUUUGAGAAGCAAUCGAAGCUAAGAAGAACUGCUAGCCAUGAACAACAGAGGUGCUCUCGUCUCCGCCAGGUGUCACCUUUGGUCUUUAAACCUGUUACGGCAGCAUCUUUCGGCCCAGAACUUUGCUCAUGUACGUAGGUCUUGUUUCGGACCUUUGUUUGAUAUAUUAAAUUUAGAGUUUCAGGGGCAACUUUAUAAUGUCAUGUGCCGUCGAUUGCAAAGUGCGUCAGAAGAAAGAUUCGUAUUGCAAUAUCGAAUUGGUAAUUAUGUCGUUGAUUUUGGACCCGCUGAUUUUGCCAUAAUGACCGGCUUGCGGUUCAAUGGCAUCACUACUCUCCCUGAAACUUCUAGUUUCCACGAAACUGUUUUUAGUGGGCAACGUUAUUUGCGGGUGAUUAGCAUCGAAAAUAAGUUCCUCAAAGAAUGCAAACAAACAUCUGGUACCUCAGAAACAAGCUUGAAGUUAGGAUACUUGUAUAUUGUUUAUGGGCUGUUGGUAUUGAAGGAUAGGACACCGAAGAACAUAGAUCUAGGAUUUAUCCAUCUAAUGGAUGACCUUGACAGGUUUCUUCGGUAUCCAUGGGGCAGAAUAGCAUAUGAUUUCUUGGUCCCUCGUACCCAUAAUGCUAGAAAACUUAUACAUAAAAUGGAAACAAAGCAAAAUAAAUUGAGUGUUGAAGCGUAUGGUUUUUGUGCAUGUGUUGCAAGCUUGGAUGUAUGAGAUUAUGCCCUCGUUGGCUGGUUUUUGCGGCAAGCAAGUAAUCGAGCACGAGAACCGAAUUCCUAGAAUGCAGCGUUGGUCAGCAGAUUCUGGUAUUUUGUUCGAGCACCUCUGGCCUUACUUUUUACCUAGAGCAGGAAAUGAUCCGGUCCCAAUCAUCGUAUCAGCCCAGGAAUAUGAGAUGAUGGAUGAGCUCGGUAUUCCUUCAACGAUGCAUCCUGCGUCCCCUACUCUAGUUUUUAAUUCCAAAUCUCUUGUUAGAAAAAGACGGCUAACAUACGAGGACGUCGAAACUUCUGAAAAAACUGAAGCAUUGAAGGGAAGUCCAUUGAAGUCUUCUAGCCGUGGUAAAAAGAAGCUGUUAAGUGGAGAUCCUCCCCCUAGUACUCGAUUGGUUGGAAAAACGGAGCAAAUAGAAACAAAGAAGGGCCAUGAUGUGGAUAAUUACGCAGAAAAUGCAGCACCUACACCUGCAUUAUCUAAAAAUACCGUGAAGAAUAAUAGCAAUCUCUUUGUCAUAUUGCUGAUGGAGUUAAUGGAGAAAGUUGACAAGUUAGACCAGAAAGUGGAGAAGAUGGAUGGCAAAGUUGAGCAUCGAGACACGACUCUACACGAGGUUGUGGUAGCGAGUAUUCGAUCUUACUUUGAUAACCAGGCCACUAGUCAUCAUCCCAAAGAAUGCAAAGGAGAGAAAAAAAUUUCAAUGGAGAAAAUGGGAGAACACAAAGUAGUGGAAACGUUUGUGCAGUUCUAGGUGAAUCAUCUACAUUUCAGAAUCUUGAUGAUUUGGGUAAUAAAGGUGAUCAACUCAAAGUAUCAAACACUGGAUGGUUCAGUAACGAAUGGUUGCUUGAAGAUCCUUUUGCGGUGCAUGAUUGUAAUUAUCAUGAACCACCAAAGCCGGUUCCUUUAACAGAUAAUCCAGUGAAGAAGUCAUUGAGUGUUGGUGAUUCGAGGACCAAAUCUGAAGGUUUUAAAGGAAAAUCCUUCCUUCCACGCACUAAAGAAGGUCUUGGACACACCAUGAAGACUGAGGCGAUUAGUAGCUUGAAAAUUCCUGGCGAAACAGAAAACUUGCUGCCUUCCCUAAAUUUGGAUUGCACAACGUCGUACAGCAAUGGCAUGCCUCAGAAAACCUCCAUGGAUGCGUUGAAGUUCGACCCUUCGGACUUCGACUUCAACUAUGCCGAGCUCAAUCCAUUCCUUCGAUGGCAAAAAGCAGCUUCCAGUGGUCAUCGCCGAUAUGAUCGGAGGCUUCCGAUUAAAAUGUUGCGUGUCGCCGAUAAUGAGUGGUUUAAUGUUAUCUUAGAACGCAAUGGAUGGCUAGAGAGCGAGGGUAACAAUCCUAUGAUUUUAGGAUUAUUGUAAACGCUAAUUGGCCGAAAUAUUAACUUCAAGUAUUC